GUAGUUCUGCUAACAAAGAAGAAAACCCAUACUUGCAAGAUGAUAUAUCUAUUACAGAUGGUGUAGGCUUACAAGAAAAUGAUUUAACACAAAAUGAACAAAAAGAACCUUUGUUAUUUUCAAUAGAAAUAGACAAUAAUAAAAGAAACUCUAUACUAAGUAAAGAUAAGGACCUCUCACCUAACCCAAUAUCAGCAUCACGCAAUGAACUGGCUGCACUAAAUUGA